ACACCACGAAGGAACCUUUUUUAGACUCGUAACACUAACCCAUGAAGCCCGCAGCUCCUGUGCUUCGCCCAGAUCUGCGCAUCUGUUCCUUACCUUUGCUCGAUUUCGCUUCUGGCUUACUUGAUUCCACUGGAUUUAGACUUGCUGGAGUAGCUUCCGUUGAAGCAAACACUAAGCCUCUUUAUCCUUCGUUGCUUCCAUUCUUGGAUCAUUGAAUAACUCUGCUGAAAUUAACUUACCCCAAACUCUUGAAUACAAAGAUCUUUGAUUGGGCCAAACAGAAGCAUGGCUCAGACUGAUACCCUGGAAGGCAUCAAGGGAGGUGGAGGGUCCAUUAAGGUGGGGACCAUUGGAACAAUCAGUUCCUUGAUGACAAGGGAAUUGGAGCAGCAGAACUCUCCUGCACCACACAAGCAGGUAACGUCAAGAACUAAACCUCGAGCACUUUCUAGUAAUAAUAAUACUACUCCUAGAAAACUACAUCCAAGAAAAUCAUUUGAUGAAGCUAGCAGCAGCAGUGGAAUCCACAGAAGCACCAAAAUUCCCCAGAAAACAAAAUCUAAUGGUAGACAUAGCCAUCGAGCACCCAUGCUUGGUUUUGACAGCUUUGUGGACAGAAGUCCAAUGAGGGAGAAAAAUGAUAAGAAGAUACCUAACAUUGUUGAAGUUGUGGACAUAAAAUGUGGCAGCUCAGAUAAAGCCUGGGCUACUCCUCUAACAAAUCGCCUCAAGAAGCUGGGUUUCUCAAAGCUUUCUGAGACCAUUAACUAAGCCUGCAAAUUCUUCAUAUCUGACUUCAGGUUCUUGUAACUGAGAGCAGAGGUCCUAUUCUGGCCUACCCUUGUCUGAAGAUGAUACAUGCAACAUUAGGAGCGCGCUGCUACUUGCUCCUGUUAUCUCCUUACUAGCUACUUUGAACACAUUAGCAACUCUUGAAUCAGCCCUAACUAAGGAACCCUCAUUGUUGAUCUGGGACCUGUUCGCUCGGAGAUUGUAACAUACUUGAUUUCUUUCAUGACUGGGGACCCAAUUGUUCCUCUGGUUUAUCCUUCUACAAGAGGGAACUCUGCCAUCUCUUUUGGAUCGCGUGUGUAAAGAAUGCUGUAUUUUUACUUGUCUUGUUUGGGUGGUUUUGUGGAGAAACCAAAAUGUAAAUAAAGAAGACUAGUCUCUGGUUUUUUCUCGUGGAAAUUGCAUACUUUGGGGCAUUUUCAUACUGAUGAAGGUCAGUUACAGCAGUAACUAGAAUCUUCUCCCCUGUAUCAAAAUGUUUGAUACUACUGAGAAAUAUUCUAUCAUAUUCUUCCCGCUUCUAUUGUGAAGAAAAUUCAUAUUCUAA